AUGAAUGAUCCGAUUCCUAUUGGCACAAAUACAAUGAAUAUGACCUUUUCCCGUGCUGUUGAGUCAACAGUUCCCGUUAAUAUAUCGAUAUAUCUAAAACAUGAUGACACAAACCUUUUACGGCAAAUAUUUUUAUGUUCCAAACAAAAUUGCGUGAUUGGUGACAAUGAUGAUUCGCUUACCAUUGUUUUACUUGAUAUAACCUUUAAUGUACCAAAUGCCACCUAUUAUGUCGAAAUUGAUGAUGACUUUCUAAAGUAUAAGGAUGAGAGUGAAAUGAUUACUGGUAUAAAGCUAGGCAAUUGGAUAAUCAAAACGACAGGAGAAUACAACAAAACUAAUGAUGAUUCUGAGAUAAUAUAUGGAGUCAUACGAUUAACCAUUGAAGGCACACAAUAUUAUAAGAAUUUAAAAGAUAAUACAGAUGAUAGAAAAUAUUUUGACGAAAUUAUAAAACAAAUUUCGGAAAGCAUUCCAGUAGACCUUUUAAGAUUACAUUAUUCGCGACAUUAUUUUGAAUUUGAUAAAGCCGACAACGAAGAAUUACUUUAUGUGAUAUUUAGGAUUAAUCCUCCCAUAGGUGGAUUUAAUAAUAAAAGUGCCAAAGAUGUUUUUGAUGAUUUUGACAAAUUAUUAAAAAUCAAUAGUGACAUUAAAACAUACUUGGACCUUAAAAAUCACACAAAAUAUAUAGAUAAAUGGUUCGGACUUCGUAAAGCAUCUAAUUUAUGGGAAGAAAUUAAAAUCAAUUUAUUAAACCUAAAAAAAAAUAGAGUAUUUUUAUCAGUUUUUAUAUUUACUUUAGUUUUGUUAAUUAUUCUAACACUCGGAGGUUAUUUUUUAAAUAAGAAUGCAAAUAAUUUGAUAAUAUUUAUAGCCGCUUUUACUUUAUUUGAUAUUGCCAAUGAUAUUAUAUUUCUUUUUAAACUUAAGGAUAAUUUGCAUGAUUUGUUAAUCCCAAGUAUUACUUUCACGAUUGUCCCAUUUCUGGUGAAUUUUGUUUUGGCAAUUUAUAUAUUGAAGCAUGAGAAUAAAUGCAAUAUUAAAUUCAAAGAUUGGUUUGAGAAAAAUUUAAAAUUAGCUUCAGCAAUUGUGGUUUUUUGUGUAGGAGAUGUUGGACUACUUCAUUUACUGGAUUCAAAGUUUGCUAACCUUAAAAUAUUUAAUGCUCCAUUUCAAAAUGAACAUUUGAUAUUUCAGGGUUUAAUUUUAAACGUAAUUAUUGAAGACAUACCACAAUUAGUAAUACAGUAA